AUGGCUUCUCAAGCACCACUACCUACUCUAGCCGACCGCGUCGCCAUCGUCACAGGCUCAAGCAGAGGCAUCGGCCGAGGCAUCGCCCUCGAACUAGCUCGCCGCGGCGCCAAAGUGACAAUAAACUACGCCAAGUCAUCAUCAGCCGCCGAGGAAGUUGUUAAAGAGAUCCAAGCAUUAGGUUCGGAGGCCAUUGCCGUCCAGGGAGAUGUCACCAGCCUAGCUGAGAUUGACAAGAUCUUCGCUAAGACUGUCGAGAAGUGGGGCCGCGUAGACAUCGUCGUUAGCAAUAGCGGCGUGGAGUCGUUCGAGCCCGCGGUUGACAUCACCCCGGAGCGCUUCGACCAUGUCUUCCACAUCAACACGCGCUCGCAAUUAUUCGUCGCCGUUGCGGGAUACCGCUAUAUGAAGAAGACGGCGUCGCCGUACGCGCGUCGCAUCAUCCUCACGUCAAGCAUUGCCGCCCGAAUCCUAGGCAUCAAGGACCACGCUCUAUACGCUGGGUCAAAGUCUGCCGUCGAAGGCAUUGUACGCUCCUUGGCCACGGAUUUCGGGGCAGAUGGUAUCACGGUAAACGCCAUUGCGCCGGGGGGCGUCAAGUCAGAUAUGUUUGCCGAGAUGGCUACGCACUACAUCCCGGGAGCCGAUAAGACAUGGUCUGCCGAGAGAGUGGAGCAGGCUAUGUCGAGCGCGUGCCCGAUGGGUAGAUGCGCUGUGCCUGGUGAUAUUGGAAAGGUGGUUUCGUGGUUAGCUGGUGACGAUUCGGAAUGGGUUACUGGUCAAGUUAUCUUAGCUUCAGGGGGAUCGUCGGCUUGA